CAAGAUGGCGGCAACCAAGAGGAAACGGCGUGGAGGCUUGGCAGUUCAGGCGAAGAAACCGAAAAGAAACGAGAAAGAUGCCGAACCGCCAGCUAAGCCUCGAGCCACUGCAGAGGAGGUGGAGGAAGAAGAGAGAAACCGGAUCCCAGGCCCCGUUUGCAAGGGCAAAUGGAAAAAUAAGGAACGGAUUCUCAUCUUUUCUUCCAGAGGGAUAAAUUUCAGAACAAGACAUUUAAUGCAGGACUUGAGAAGGUUGAUGCCUCAUUCUAAAGCAGAUACUAAAAUGGAUCGUAAGGAUAAGCUAUUUGUGAUUAACGAGGUUUGUGAAAUGAAAAACUGUAAUAAAUGCAUCUAUUUUGAAGCUAAGAAAAAACAGGAUCUCUAUAUGUGGCUUUCAAACUCACCUCAUGGACCAUCUGCUAAAUUCCUUGUUCAAAAUAUUCAUACCCUUGCUGAACUAAAGAUGACUGGAAACUGUUUGAAAGGUUCUCGGCCCCUUUUGUCUUUUGACCCGGCUUUUGAUGAAUUACCACAUUAUGCUUUGUUAAAAGAACUCUUAAUUCAGAUCUUUAGUACACCACGGUAUCAUCCCAAAAGCCAACCAUUCGUGGACCAUGUGUUUACUUUCACGAUUUUGGAUAAUAGGAUAUGGUUUCGGAACUUUCAGAUUAUAGAAGAAGAUGCUGCUCUUGUAGAAAUAGGACCUCGUUUUGUCUUAAAUCUCAUAAAGAUUUUCCAGGGAAGUUUUGGAGGACCAACUUUAUAUGAAAACCCUCACUACCAGUCACCAAACAUGCAUCGGCGUGUCAUAAGAUCCAUCACAGCUGCAAAAUACAAAGAGAAACAGCAAGUGAAAGAUGUGCAGAAACUGAGAAAGAAAGAACUGAAGACUCUUCUUCCACACGAUCCCACUGCAGAUGUUUUUGUUACGCCAGCCGACGAGAAACCAAUAGAAAUACAGUGGGUAAAGCCAGAGCCAAAAGUUGAUUUGAAAGCACGAAAGAAACGGAUUUACAAAAGGCAAAGAAAAAUGAAACAGAGGAUGGACAGAAGGAAAACAAAAUAAGUCAAUGAAAACCUGAUUUGUUUUCAGUUAUUUUAUGUUUAUUUUGUAUUCAAUGUGUAAAUACUUUUAUUAUCCAGUACUACUUAUGUUUAAUUAGUGUGGCAUUUAAAAGAAAAAAUCUUAAAAUCAGUGAUUUAUCUUCUUCUAAAUAAAAUAUCACCAGAAUUCAUCAGUUAA